GCGUGGCGAGUGCUGGCGGCGUGCGGCGCGCCUCGCUGUGCCUCGCCGGCGUCUGCCUCGCCCGCUCAAAGGCAGCGAGCUUCCUGGCCCCGGCCUCACGCACGCCCCCCACACCCUUCGUCACCCCCUUCCCCUCCCCCCCCUCUCUCACCUCACACCGCCGCCGUCGUCUUCGUUGAUCGAACGUCGCACCCGUCUCGCUUUCCGUCCCCACUCUCCCUUCCCUGCGCCCGUCCCCGCGCAUCUCCCACCAUGUCGACCGCCACCGCGCCGUCGGCCACGACGCCCGUGCAGCGCGCCGGCAAGGGCAGUGCCCGCGCCGCCGCGGCCGCCGCCUCAAUCGCCAAGCCGGCCGGCAAGCUCUCGCACCGCCAGGCUCAGCCGUACGACGAGGCGGCGCUCAAGGAGUUCAAGGUGCCCGAGCUCACCAUCAAGGAUCUGCUCUCCGCCAUCCCGGCGCACUGCUUCGAGCGCAGCGCGCUGCACUCGAGCCUCUACGUCGCCUGGGACUUCACCCUCGUCGCCGCGCUCGCCUACGCCGCCUCCUACAUCAACCCCACCGUCGCCGCGCUCGACUUUGCCAAGUCGCCGCUGAGCGCCUACGUGGCGCCCGCGACGCAGGCUACGGCGCUGCGCUGGGCCGCCUGGGCCGCGUACCAGGUGGCGCAGGGCCUCGUCUUCACCGGCAUCUGGGUCAUUGCGCACGAGUGCGGCCACCAGGCGUACAGCCCGAGCAAGACGAUCAACAACGCCGUCGGCUGGGUGCUGCACUCUGCGCUUCUCGUGCCCUACCACUCCUGGCGCAUCUCGCACGCCCGCCACCACGCCGCCACGGGCCACCUGACGCGCGACGAGGUCUUCGUGCCGCGCACGCGUGCCCAGAAGGGCCUGCUCCCGCUGCAGCCGGCGAGCCGCGAGGACUCGGAGGACGACGCCGCCGUCGACGCCCAGCUCGCUGCCGCGCAGCAGCAGGAUGCCUCGGCCGAGAAGCCGCACGCCGAGGAGACGUGGGGCGAGUGGCUCGUCGAGACGCUCGAGGAUGCGCCGGCAUACAACCUCUUCUACAUCGUCAUCCAGCAGCUCUUCGGCUGGCCCAUGUACCUGCUGCAGAACGCGUCUGGCCAGCUGCACUACCCCAAGGGCACGAACCACUACAACCCCGACUCGAUCAUCUUCGACGCUCGCCACCGCUCGCAGAUUCUCAUCUCCGACCUCGGCCUCGCCAUUACGCUCUCGGCGCUCGGCGCGUGGGCAUACUACCGCGGCAUGGGCGAGGUGGUGCGCUACUACCUCAUCCCGUACCUCUGGUGCAACAACUGGCUCGUCAUGAUCACCUACCUGCAGCACACGCACCCCGAGGUGCCGCACUACCAGGCCGACAGCUGGACGUUCCCUCGCGGCGCCCUCUGCACCAUCGAUCGCAACUGGCUCGGCCCCGUCGGUCCGUACCUCUUCCACGGCAUUGCCGAGACGCACGUGCUGCACCACGUCUCGUCCAAGAUCCCGCACUACCACGCCUGGGAGGCCACCGAGGCGCUCAAGGCGCGUCUCGGUGAGCACUACCACUGGGACGACAAGAACAUCUUCGUCUCGCUGUGGCAGAGCAUCCGCAACUGCAAAUUCAUCGAGGAGGACGACGGCGUCGCGUUCUACCGCAACGCAAAGGGCGUGCCGCGCGCCAAGGUCGCCGAGGCGACCAACGGCUCCGACUCGGGCCUUGCCAUGAGCGACUAAGCUCAGACCACACACCCCCUCCGGCGGCACGUCAAGCACUCUCUCCGUGCAGCCGCUGGACUUGCCCAUUCCCGAUCGUCCGCCUACAGUUCACCGACUCGCUCUCGCCUCUCUCUCACUCGUCAUCUUGCAAUGCCCCCUUCCUCCUCCUUUCCUUCCGAUAGUACACACUCUCUCAUCUCGUGCACGCUGUCAAUAGAGCUUUGUGCAUCCUCUCUGUGUCGACCCUUGGCGGCCUGGCUCCUCGAUUCGCCUCGGCGUGGUGCGACGAGUCGGGACGAGGCCGGCCAAGCGGCCUGCGGUCGCGGCGCGCCGCACUCAGACGGCACCUCCGUCGAGCAGCCCUGCCUCACCUUCACGGCGACUACUGCAUGU